AUGAUGAUGAUGAUGAUGGAAAAUGAGCUCAAAGCCGCACCUGGAACGGUGACAGCAGUAACGACAGCGGCAACCAGUGCUUCUGCAGCUGCAGCCCUUCAAGAUGCAUUCUCACUCUACAGUGCCAUGCCGCCGGGUUUUUCUAUGCCACCAACAUCAACGUCAUCUAUUCCGACCGUUGAAGAAUGCUGUGUUCCUAACUCACCUGGAUCACCUUGUCUAAAGGAAAAAAAAGGUGAUGAUCGAGUGAAACGUCCCAUGAAUGCAUUUAUGGUUUGGUCUCGCGGACAACGUCGUAAAAUGGCACAAGAGAAUCCAAAAAUGCACAACUCAGAAAUUUCUAAACGUUUGGGACAGGAAUGGAAAUUACUGAAUGAAUCAGAAAAACGGCCAUUUAUCGAUGAAGCCAAACGUCUUCGAGCAAUUCAUAUGAAAGAGCAUCCAGAUUACAAAUAUCGUCCAAGGAGAAAAACGAAAAAUUUACCAAAAAAGAAUGGUCUAGCAAUGUCAGCCAGUACAUUCCUGGAUCCAAUCAAAACUCAAAAUAUUUACCAGCCAAUGACAACCGGCUGGCAACAGCCGAUCAAUUCCGUUUCCAGCUCACCAUAUUUCGAUUCCUAUUCUUUAUAUGGCCGUACAGGUUACGAGAAUAUGAUCGGAAUGCCAUAUUCGUUAAGCAGUACAACAUCACCAGCUUCACAUUACUCGCAGUCACCUAGUUGUUCACUAGCUGCUGCAGCUGCACAGUAUCAGCAAGCUGCAGCUGCUCAACAACAGCAACAUUACAGCAGUGCUGCAGGUGUCUCGUUAGCAGUGAAACCUGAAACAUCAUCUGAUGGUGCCACUAACACGGGAACAAGUAACGGUGAAUCACCAGAUUCUGGGGUAGCAGCUGCAACAACUGAAUCUCCCCUAACUUCACAAUUUCGUGCCUUCUACGAACCUCACAAAGAAUCUUCUUCAGCGUCUGCUUCAGCCGCAGCAGCAGCAGCGGCAACCAUGAACAUGUACAUGCCACAGGACCCUCGGUUACAGUAUGUCGCGCUUAAUGGUACCAUGGAAGAACAUAUGACAUUGCCACUGCAACAUAUGCAAUCCAUGUGA